AUGGCAGAUGGGGAUGUUAAGACCCUUUCCCCUCUUUUGUUAUCUGACUUUUAUUUUGCCCCAUCAAAGGAAAAGGGUCAGAAUAUGAAUAAAAAACAUCCUUCUGCUUCUGUCUUGAAGAUUGACCAUGGAAAUGAAAUGCAAAUUGAUGACUCUCCUAUUUUAAAUGAAAAUUCUUGUGAAGAAACUCUCAAUAUUAAAGAAAUUGAUCUUCCCAAACCAGCUAUUCAAGAAGAGGUCGAGUCGGAGCCUUUAUUAGAAAGUGAUUUCCCUCAAAUCAAUUUUCAAGGAAAUCCUAUCUUGAUAGAAUUUUCAGAUUCUGACUCGCUGUCGGGAAAUGAUGACCCAACGCCUAUGGUGUGCGUAGACACUGCCCUAGUUUGCCCUCCCGAGGAUAUCGAGCAGUCAGAAUUUCCAUUAAUUCCUCCGGGUUUUGAGUCCGUCAUUCCAAAGGUUGAUUAUAAUGUUUUAGCCCAUCUUAGGAAGUUGCCAGCAAAAUUAAGCAUUUACGACACCCUCCUUCUCUCUAAAGAAAUGAGGGAGUCUCUAAUUAAAGCACUUCUCGACCCCGAGAUUUGCUUAACCCAGUUGGCUGCAACUUCAGAAGAUAAGGCACUUUACUUCAAAGAGGUUCCUGGAGUUACCUUUUCAGAUGAAGAUAUGCUCUUGAGAACUGCAGACCAUAAUCGUCCUCUCUACAUUACUGUGGAUGUGGGAAACUUUAAGUUGGUGCUUCGUGGGUUCAAUGAACAGGGCGAGAGGGCCUUAGGUUCAAUCACUUUACUUUUAGUAAUAGCAGGCUUGAAAACUGAAGCUAAGUUUCAUAUAAUUGAUUCGGCCACGUCCUUUAAUGCCCUUUUAGAAAUCGGGAUCUACGAAGAUGCUACAUACUUUGUUCCUAAAGGGUCCUCAUCCCGUUCUAAGUUAGAGAUCAGAAUUGAGGAGAAGUUGAUUGGACAAAGUUCCAAUCAAAUGAAAGAAAAAGGAAAACAUAUUGAGCAAGAAAUGACACAAUUAAGUAGUGAAGACGACUCUGACAUCGUUAUCCUUAGGCCUCCAAACGCGUUACCUCAAAGAGAUUCCGAUGUUGAGUUCACAGACCAAGGUGUUACUUUCUCCCUCCAUUAUAAAAAUACAAAUACUUCUCCAAAAUUCGAUCUCACUUUAAACGAUGACAGUGACAUUGAGGAAGAUGUUGCAAAGGUGAAAAGUGACGAGCCUGAAUUGACAAUGUACGAAAAGCUCAGUAGAAGGAUUGAGGCCCUUUCUCUGACCCCACUAUCAGCUGGCAGGAUUGCUGGGUUAGAAGUUAAAGUGGCCCCCAACUUGAACGGUAAAGUAAAGAAAGUCCAAAAAUUCUUUCCUGGCUCCUCCUCCACAAGGGAUGAAGGUGAUGUAACCUUUGAGGAGACAGAUUUUAAUGAAUUAAUGGAAUUACCUUUCGGCUACUUCCCUGUCUGUGUGAAGAAUACUUUCUCUAAAGGUUCUGUACUAUAUCGAUGGACUAAAGGUCAAGCCAGAUACCACGAAAACAUUUGGAAAACAAAAAUUAAAAAUAAUCCUACAAGUGGUUUGUGCUUUGGAACUGUUAAUUCAUUCGACGAUGAUGAGUAUUGCCUAAUGAUAACUUACCACCUUGAAUCACCAAAUGUCCCUACGGAUCCCUUCUGUCCUCUUGAUGGGCUCUGUUUGGAGACUUUGGAUGAUCCCGAUGACCUUCAAGUUCGGGAUGCACCCUCUGAAUUUGAGGAGGAAAUUAAAUUGACGGUCGAUGAAUUAAAAGAAAUUAACCUGGGAACCGAUGACGACCCCCGUCCGAUCUUUAUAAGUGCUCUGCUGAGAGAGGGUCUACCCGCUGAGGUAGCGGUUCAUAAACUUGGAAUUCGGCAUGAUGCCAUUCCCGUUAAACAAGCUUCUCGACGCAUGCGCUUAGAAAUUGAACAACAAGUCGUUUCUGAAGUUAAGAAAUUGGCCGAAGCUGGAUUUAUUCGAGAGGAAUAA